AGAAUAACUCAUUGAUCAGUCUCCAACAAGGCAUAGAGUUGGUCUUGCAAACCAUUGCAAAGAAGUUAUUUGGGGAAAACGUGCGCGUUAUUCCUUAAACGUCAAUUUCUUAUCUUUACUUGGACGAACAAACAGGGCAGCUGCAAUGUGGAUUCAAGUACGCACAAUGGAUGGGAAGGAGACCCAUCGGGUGGAUUCCCUGUCCAAACUUACCAAGGUGGAUGAGCUGCGUCUCAAAAUCAUGGAGCUCUUCAAGGUGGAGCCGGAGAGGCAGCGGCUGUUCUACCGUGGCAAGCAGAUGGAGGAUGGUCAUACCAUAUUCGACUACAACGUGGGACUAAAUGACAUAGUGCAGCUGCUUGUCAGGCAGAAGAUGCCCCCUGUUGAUGUCGUCAAAAGCAAGGACAAGGAAGCUGAGCUCUCUGACUCUGAUUCUGGCUGUGGCUCAACCCAGAGCGAGUCUGACAAGAGUUCUACUCAUGGUGAGGCAGAGGGUCAAACUGCUGGCACUUCUGCCCAGACAAAUACCCCAGAGCUCAUCGAUCCAGGGUUUGGAUUUUACAAGGUCAAUGAGCUGGUGGAUGCAAGGGACUUGAACAUGGGAGCAUGGUUUGAGGCCCAGAUCGUGAAUGUUACAAAGACAACAAAGACGCCUAAAGAGGAGGCUGCUGAGGCACAGCCAGAAGAGGAAGAGAUACUCUACCAUGUUAAAUAUGAAGACUACCCAGAGAACGGGGUGAUUCAGUUGCUGGCCAAGGAUGUUCGUCCACGGGCCCGUACGGUGUACCAGUGGCACCAGUUGGAGCCGGGAAUGGUCGUAAUGGUCAACUAUAACCCAGAUGACCCCAAGGAGCGUGGCUACUGGUAUGAUGCUGAGAUCCAGAGGAAGAGGGAGACGCGCACCCUGCGAGAAAUCUAUGCCAAGAUAAUCCUUGGUGAUGCCGGUGACUCUCUUAAUGACUGUCGGAUCAUGUUCUUGACUGAAAUUUACAAAAUUGAGGAUGCCGGUUCUCUGAGUGACACCCCAGCCGGAUCUGAGAGUCCUCUAAAAAGAUCAAAUGGACCCGAGUGCAAGCACUGUAAGGAUGAUCCCAAAAAAAACUGUUGCUGGUGUAACUGCCACAUCUGUGGGAUCAAGCAGGAUCCUGACAAACAGCUGCUGUGUGAUGAAUGUGACAUGGCCUAUCACACCUACUGCCUGAACCCCCCACUCACCUCCAUCCCUGAAGAUGAGGACUGGUAUUGCCCAAGUUGCCGUAAUGACACCAGUGAGGUUGUGUUGGCUGGAGAGAAGUUGAAGGAGAGCAAGAAGAAAGCAAAGAUGGCUUCCGCUAGCUCCUCCAGCCAGAGGGACUGGGGCAAGGGAAUGGCCUGUGUUGGUCGAACAAAGCAGUGCACGAUUGUCCCAUCCAACCACUAUGGCCCAAUCCCUGGUAUCCCUGUCGGCUCCUUGUGGAAGUUCAGAGUACAGGUCAGUGAGUCUGGAGUCCACAGGCCACAUGUAGCUGGAAUUCAUGGCAGGAGCAAUGAUGGUGCCUACUCCCUGGUCCUGGCCGGUGGUUAUGAGGAUGAUGUGGAUGAUGGUAAUGAGUUCACUUACACCGGCUCUGGAGGAAGAGAUCUGUCUGGAAAUAAGAGGACUGCUGAGCAGUCAUGUGAUCAGACACUUACCCACAUGAACAGGGCACUGGCUCUCAACUGCAAUGUCCCUGUCAAUGACAAAAACGGAGCUGAGUCCAAGAACUGGAAGGAAGGCAAACCAGUUAGAGUUGUGCGCAGCUGCAAGGGUCGCAAGCACAGUAAAUAUUGCCCUGAGGAAGGAAACAGAUAUGAUGGGAUAUAUAAGGUGGUGAAGUACUGGCCAGACAAAGGCAAGUCUGGUUUCUUGGUCUGGCGGUAUCUGCUGAAGCGUGAUGAUGAUGAGCCGGCACCGUGGACAAGGGAUGGCAAGGAACGCAUCAAGAAGCUCGCUCUCACCAUGCAGUAUCCUGCUGGCUACCAGAAAGAGAAGGAGAACAAAAAUGAAGUGGAGGAGGAGGCGACACCCAGCAAGGCAAAGAGGAAGAGAAAAUCUCAGGGCAGCGAAUCCUCCAAGACCUCACCGGGCAAGACUCCUAAGAAAAUCAAAGUAGAGGUGUACAAGCUUUCCCAGGAGCAGAAGGCCCUCAUCAAGAAUGACAAGCCAAACAAGAAGCUGUGGGAUGAAGCCAUGGAGUCACUGUCACUUGGACCGAAAUUUUUGAACAAGGUUGAAGAAGUUUUCCUCUGCAUUUGCUGCCAAGAAGUGGUCUUUCAACCCAUCACCACAGAGUGCCAACACAAUGUGUGCAGGGAAUGCCUUCAGCGGUCCUUCAAAGCAGAGGUGUACACCUGCCCAGCCUGCAGACAUGACCUGGGCAAGAACUACUCCAUGACUGUCAACAAAUCUCUGCAAGACAUUCUAAAUCAGUUUUUCCCAGGGUACAGCAAUGGGCGAUGAUCAUUGGUUCUGCUUCCUCAGCCAACGCGAUGUAAACUGUAAGGGGAAUUUUCAGUAGAGGCAAUAAAGAAUCAGUUUCUCUUAAUAUAUUUUUUAUGAUUAUAAAACUACAAUAUUUGUGGACAUCAAUGCUACCAUUUUUCACCUUGGAUCUGCCAUGAUGUGUAGUUACUGAAAAAUUGAAAAUUCCUUUAUAACUGCCUGUGCCCAUUUCUCCGUUAAUACCUUCAACCUUGAUUUUACUCCCAGUGUUUUUCAUUCUGUUCCCUUAACUAACUCUAACGUUAUCCAUGAUGUUAAAUUCUUGCUACUUUUAACUAAAAUCCUCCAUGGUGAGCACUCUUUAAGAGAAAGUUAAGUCAAAAGUGGUUAAGCCGUUUACCCAACUUGUUUUGGAGAUUCUUUUGUACAAGCCUAUCAUUAGAAUCUGGAUGUACCGUCAGUUUUGCUGUGCUUUCUUUUUAAUCUGAUCGUGCAGUCAGGAUUUUAAUUGGUUUGCAUUCACAUCUUAAAAAUCUCCUGCUUGUUUUAUCUCAGUGUUUCCAAACACUGUGCUACUUGAUUUGCUGUUAAGAAAUCAGUUGACAAACUAGACAAAAAUAGACAUAAUUAGCAAGGUAUUGUCAUUCUGAAAGAUUCGAAAUGUGACACUUGUUUGUUCUGGCAUUAUCAGAUUGAAAUUGCAAGUGGCAAGUGAUCAAAACUCUUUGUUGAGAAAAGAGGCUUUCUGAAUCUAAAACUGUUUCAUGAAAUGUAGAUGAGACCUAACACAAGCAUGUAUUGAACCAGUUAAUGUUUGGGUUUUUUUUUGUUUUGUUUUUGUUUUUGUUUUUUUUUGUCCUGACUUCAGUAGUCACAGAGGAAGUGUCUUGUUGGAAAACUGUGUCAUCAAUCUUGGUUGGAUUUUCUAGCUUGUGUAUCGGUUCCCUAUAUAUUUUUAUACAGUGCUUUUUUUUUUAUAUAUAUAUAUAUUUGUAUAUGAAGUUUCUGAAAUUUGGUUUAAAAGUUCCCAUCAAUUUGAUAAGACCUUGAAAGCCGAACAUGUUGGAAUUCUACAGCCUUUUUAGUCUAUGGCAUAUUUGGAUUUCCCCUGUUUUGGAAAACGCUCACUUUGAUAAGUCCAAAGAAAGAAAAGUGCUUAACUAAGAGUGUAAUGUAGAACCCCCAUCUAUCUAGCUCUUUAGAUGAUUUUGUUAAAAUUAAAACAUGUACUUUUACAUCUUUUAUAAUCUAUUACUGCCAUCUGUGGGAGGGGGCUGUUCAGUGAGAUUUUUGUCUCCUGUUGUCGCUUGUUACAUGACCUCGUUGGAAAAAAACAAAACAAAAAACAGGAAAUGCUUGCAUUAAGGUGAAACGUUAAGGAAAUUCCACACACUGCUCCUGAAAUUUGACUGAAUCAACUAUCUGAAUUUGUCAUUUACUUUUGAUACUGUCUUUUUAUUAAUAAUAUUUGGUGUUGAAUUUCAACAGCAGUGUGACAGUGUCCAUCCACAUGCCAGCACUUUGAGUUUUCCUGGAGAGACAAAGAUUUGCAUAGACCAGUAUAUGUAUAUUUUCUAAAAUUGUAUAAUUUUUAGUCAAUUUUACUUUUGAUAUGUAGUCUUUAGAAAUGUUUGCACAGUUUUGGUGCAAAAAUGUGUCAAUACAUUUUCAGUGUUAUUCAAUAAA